AUGGAAAACGAAGAUGAUAAUCGUAUGACUUUGAUACAGAUUGAAGAUCACUUGGGUCAAGAGAAGCUCAUGUACUUGGAUAUAUUGACCAAGAAAGAUCUGAUUUUCUGUUUUAGCAUGUCAAUUUUGAUUUUCGUACUUGCAAUCAUUGGCGGUAUCCUUUCUCCUCAAAGAGAACACGAAUUUGAAACAUCCUCAGUAUUUAAAGACAAUCAGACUAAAUCUAUCUUCAAAAUUUCAAAUAUUUCGAAAUGGAAUUAUUUUGUCAAAGCUUAUUUAUCAUUAGAUCUCGAUGAUAGCAGUUCAAAUGAUUUAAUUGAUGCCAGAUUUACAGUAUCCGCUAAGAGUUUCAAAAAUGAAAUACAAACUGCUGACGAAAUUCCUUCAAAACGUAUUUUUAGGCAAUUGAAAUUAGAUUCUCAAGAAUUAGUUACAGAUUUCGCUGAAAUAUUCAGUGGAUUAUGUACUGACUUUGAUACUUUACUAAUUGCUGUUAAACUCGAAAAUAAAAUCGAAUCAUGUACAGGAAUUACGAUUAAAUGGCAAUACGGACAUCCGCAUGCACCACUAUUACAAUUUUUCGUUAGGUGCUUACUAGCACAUCAAUCAAUAAGGUGUUUAAUCAAAUAUUUGGAUUUCUUAUCAAGAUCAAGCUACAGAACAUGGCAUUUAGAGCAAAAAUUAACUUUCAUGCUAUUAAUACUAUGCGUUUUUGCAGCUCAUCCCUUAUAUAUACUAGAAUUCUUCGAUCCAAGUCAAUUAGGAAUUAUUUUUACAAUUUUCACCGAAACUUUACUGUUUUCAUACAUCAAAUUCUUUAUUAUUGUAUUGUUUGACUCCCUCGUUCACAGAAACUGUCCAAAAGGCUGUUGUUUCUUCUUCAAAAGAUUAUUUGUGAUGAUAACAGAUUUUAUUAUAGUUUUUGCAUAUAAUAUCAUUUGUUCGGAUCUACUAAGCUUGGAUCUCAUUCCUUUCCACAUAACUCCAAAAGUUUCCCAAAUUUUACAUAUUGGAAAAAUUAUUAUUUCAGUUUUUGCUGCAAUCUUGAUAAUUAUAAGUAUCCUGAGGGCUACAUACGCGUGCGAUACAUCAGAACGUUAUAAAUUCAACGCAUAUUUAACUACAGUUUUAAUUGGUUUAGGAUUUUAUAUUCUCAUGCUUCUUUGCUCAAGAAACAAGAAAAUUGGCCGGACAAAUUUCGGAUUCAUACUUUACUAUGCAAUUUUAAUUUUUUUGGUUAAUAUUUUUUCAUAUCUCCAUUCUCCUUAUGAUAAAACAAUGAAAACUACUGUAAGAAUGUUUUCAUCAGAACAAUUAGCUGAUCAGUUAUAG